UGGAGUAAGUAAAAAGGAAUCAAUUAAAAAAAAAAAGAAUAAUGGUCAAACAAGAAAGACAUGGGAUUUCUAUAAGUUCCAUAGCAAAAUGCAAAUUGUAAAUCAUCUUUUAUACACAUCAAGGAGCAUUAUUAUCUCCUCUACUCACUUCAUUAAGAUGGCUGUUGAAUACUAUGAUUUUGGACCUUACAAGAUCCACCAUAGCUCAGUGUUUCAUACAACUGAUCUUUCUUUUGCCUUUGUCAACCUACGUCCUGCUGUCACUGGUCAUGUUCUAAUCUGUCCGAAGCGCGAAGUGAAGCGUGUUGCCGAUCUUACUGAUGAUGAGAACGUUGAGUUAUGGCGCAUAGCACAUAAACUUGGUAGACAACUUGAGAGCUACCAUAAUGCAACAUCACUUACAUUUUGUAUCCAAGAUGGACCUCAAGCUGGACAAUCAGUUCCUCAUGUUCAUAUCCAUAUACUUCCUCGGAAAAACGGUGAUUUCGAAAAUAAUGAUGACAUUUAUGAUUUGAUAAAUGAAAAAGAGAAGGAGUUGAAAAGGAAGCUAGCUGUGGAUUUAGAGAGGAAAGAUAGGAGCCUUGAUGAAAUGGCACAAGAAGCUGAUGCAUACAGAAAAUUUGUCCUUUGAAAGUGACACUAGAAAAGAUAUGAAGAGUUACUAAAUCUAUGUGAAAUGAAGAUAUUGAUAAUAAAGGAUCAAAGUUAUUUGGAAACUUGUAUAGUUACAAGUUUUCUAUUAUUAUAAUAUGGAAAUUGGAAGUUAUGUUCCUUAUGGUAGCUUUGGUAUUGUUUUUCUGAGACAAUGAAAUGGAUGAAAUCAAAGUAAUAUAUAAAAAUAAUACUAAUUUAUGUUUUA